AUGGACAGCGACAAAGCAACCAUCGAGGAGAUCCGGCCGUUCGGCCCGGCUCGAUCUAACUUCAAAGACGAGAAGCCCUUGUCGCCGGAAGAAAUCAAGAAGUACGAUGACUUCUUCAAAGCUAGCCUGUACCUAUGUCUUGGUAUGAUCUAUCUCAUUGACAAUCCGCUACUACGCGAGGAGUUGAAGAACGAACAUAUCAAGGUCCGACAACUUGGCCAUUUCGGCUCUGCGCCCGGGCAGAUCUUCACCUACAUGCACUUCAACCGACUGAUCAAGAAGUAUGACCUUGACGCUAUCUUUGUCUCUGGACCGGGACACGGCGCCCCGGCUAUCCUCUCCCAGGCGUACCUGGAGGGCACAUACUCUGAGGUUUACCCUGACAAAUCGGAAGACCCCGAGGGCCUCCAGAAAUUCUUCAAGCAAUUCUCAUUCCCGGGUGGCAUCGGUUCACAUGCAACCCCAGAAACCCCAGGAAGUCUCCACGAAGGUGGAGAACUGGGCUAUGCCAUCUCACAUGCCUUUGGCACUGUAUUCGAUAACCCGGAACUGAUUACGCUCACCAUGGUGGGCGACGGAGAAUCGGAGACGGGUCCGCUUGCCACCUCUUGGCAUAGCAACAAGUUUCUGAACCCAAUUACAGACGGAGCUGUCUUGCCAGUUCUCCAUCUGAAUGGUUACAAGAUCAACAACCCUACCCUCCUGGCCCGAAUUCCCCACAAGGAGUUGGAGCAGCUGUUUCUCGGCUAUGGUUGGCAACCCUACUUCGUCGAGGGCGACGAGAUCGAGUCCAUGCACCAGGCAAUGGCAGCAACCCUAGAGCAGUGCGUAAAGGAAAUCAAGGGCUUCCAGAAGCAGGCUCGCGAUUCUGGCAAGCCGUUCCGCCCCAGGUGGCCCAUGGUCAUCCUCCGGACGCCCAAGGGCUGGACUGGGCCUCGCAAGCUGAAUGGUCACUACCUGAGUGGUUUCUGGCGUGCACACCAAGUUCCCAUCACAGAUGUCAAGACAAAUCCAAAAGACCUCAAGAUCCUCGAGGAGUGGAUGCGCGGCUACGAACCUGAGCGCUUGUUCGGCGAGAAGGGAAGGAUAUCCCCCGAGUUGAGAGAUGCUCUCUGCCCUACGGGUAAUCGUCGUAUGAGCGCCAACCCCGUCGCCAAUGGAGGAAUCCUCAAGAAGCCAUUGAAGAUGCCGGACUUUAAGAAGUAUGCUGUUGAAGUCAAGCAGGGAGGAGCGGUCAAGAGUGGUAGCAUGGCGAACUGCGCCAAGUUUCUGAGAGACAUUGUUGCGGACAACAUGACCAACUUCCGCCUGUGGGGUCCAGACGAGACCGAGUCCAACAAGCUUGCAGGGGUAUAUGAAGCAGGUAAGAAGGUCUGGAUGGGUGAAUACUUCGAAGAGGACGAAGAUGGUGGCAAUCUGUCACCGUUUGGCCGCGUAAUGGAGAUGUUGAGUGAGCACACUUGUGAGGGGUGGAUGGAAGGUUACGUGCUUAGUGGCCGCCACGGCUUGCUCAACAGCUACGAACCGUUUAUUCACAUCAUUGACUCAAUGGUGAAUCAACACUGCAAAUGGAUCGAAAAGUGCCUGGAGGUCGAGUGGCGCGUCAAGGUUGCCUCACUCAACAUCUUAUUGACUGCUGUUGUUUGGCGCCAGGACCACAAUGGGUUCACACACCAAGACCCAGGCUUCCUCGAUGUCGUGGCAAACAAGAGUCCUGAGGUCGUUCGCAUCUAUCUUCCUCCUGACGGCAACUGCUUGUUGUCUACUAUGGAUCACUGUCUUCGCUCGUCGAACUACGUGAACGUCAUCGUAGCCGAUAAGCAAGAACACCUGCAAUACUUGACCAUGGAAGAAGCCGUGGAACACUGCACCAAGGGAGCUGGCAUCUGGCCUCAAUUCAGCACAGAUGCUGGUGAGGAGCCCGAUGUCGUCAUGGCCAGCUGUGGUGAUAUCUCCACCAACGAAUCGCUCGCUGCCAUUGACCUCCUGCUUCAGAACUUCCCUGAGCUCAAGAUUAGAUGCGUCAACGUUGUGGAUCUGUUCAAGCUGAUUCACCACGACGACCAUCCCCACGGUUUGAAGGAUGCCGAAUGGUCUUCGCUCUUCACGGAUGAUAAGCCGGUCAUAUUCAACUUCCACUCCUACCCAUGGCUGGUCCAUCGCUUAACCUACAGACGCCCAGGCAGCCAUAACAUCCAUGUUCGAGGAUACAAGGAGAAGGGCAACAUUGACACGCCAUUGGAGCUUGCCAUUCGCAAUGGAACGGACCGUUUCAGCCUGGCAAUAGCGGCGAUUGAUCACAUGCUGCACCUGCACAACCGCGGUGCUGCGGCGCGAGAGAAGCUCAAGAACGCCCGGCUCGCGGCACGAAACCAAGCGUACGAGGUUGGCAUGGAUCCCGAGUUCUUGAGUACAUGGAAGUGGCCUCAGGAUCUUCGGGAGAGGAAUGCAGAGAAGCUGAAGGCAUUGAGGUUAGGGUGUUAA